CAUAUAAACCAAGAAAACCACAGAAAAGGCCAAACACUUAACUUUCAACACUGGCUCAGAUGCUACAACCCUAGCUAGUUUACAUCACAAUUCUUAACUUAUCAUGGUGACAUAUACAGUUACACAAGGUUUGAAGGAUUGUUCGACAUGAGUGACAUGGAGAGAGCAAUGGAAGAAAAGAAAAGGAGGGGUUUGAAGGAUUGUUUGACAUCAUGGAAGGUUGUAUUGAGCAUGAUAAUGGUGCAAGGUUUUGUUACAGGGAUGCAGCUUCUUUCAAGGGUCAUUUUGGUUCAGGGUUCCUUCAUCUUUUCACUCAUUGCAUAUCGCCAUAUUAUUGCUGCACUUUGUGUUGCACCUUUUGCUCUUUACUUUGAGAGAGAGCGCAGCGUGAGUUUUACUCCCAAAGUUUGGUUUUGGCUCUUCGUUAACGCAUUGGUUGGAAUGACUAUGGCUCAAGGCUUAUUCUAUUAUGGGCUGAGAGAUACUUCAGCUACUUACUCUGCUAACUUUCUCAACAUGGUUCCAAUAUGCACAUUCCUCACCUCAGUCAUCUUCAGAUUGGAGAAAUUGGGGCUGAAAAGUUGGACUGGUAGAACUAAGUGUGCAGGGGCAAUUUUGUGUGUUGGUGGAGCAUUACUUACCAGUCUUUACAAAGGCAAACAAUUUUAUCUUUUUCAUCAUAGUUAUCAUGCUCAUACUGCUAUUGCACCUCACCCAACUCACAUGCUUCGGGGUACUUUCCUUUUGAUCAGCAGCUGCUUCUCAUACACAGCUUGGUUUCUUCUACAAGUCCAAUUGCUUAAAGUAUUUCCACUGAGGUAUUGGGGAACAAUGCUAUCAUGCGUUAUAGCAGCAAUUCAAGCAGCAAUCGUAGGUGUCUGCAUAGAUUCUAGUAAAGCUGCUUGGAGAUUAGAGUGGAAUCUACAACUGGUCACCAUAAUCUACUCUGGAGCACUGGCUACUGCUGCUACAUUCUGCAUACUAUCUUGGGCAAUAACAAUCAAAGGACCUACUUAUCCUUCAAUGUUCAAUCCGCUCUCUCUUAUUUUUGUGGCCUUUUCAGAAGCACUCGUAAUUGGACAGCCACUCACCUUUGGAACGUUGUUGGGCAUGGUUUUGAUCAUAGUUGGGUUGUACUCCUUCUUGUGGGGAAAAAGUAAUGAGAAAAAGGGCAUCACUCAACAACCAAUUGUGGCAGCUGCAGAAGUAUCAAAUAUCUCUGAUUUGAUUGCUGGGGCAGAAUCAACAGCCACAGUAGUGCCAAGUUCUUCACCGCUGAAUACUCUAGAUUUGCAACAUGAUGCUCCUCACAAAAAUUGAAAAGGAAACUUCAUUUUUACUUAUGUAG